AUGCUGUCGCGACAGGUUGUUCGACAGGCUUCGCGCCUUGCAAAACCAGCAGUUGUCCCUCGACAAGCUCUAAGAGCUCCCUUCUCGACCACACGAUCCGUACAAGCACUUUCCGAGGAAGAAGACCCAGAAAUGAAUGGCGGCUAUAUAAACCCUCCACGUAUUAAGAGACAAUUCAGAGAUCCAUACGGUGACUGGACGGAGAAACAAGAGCGAAGGAAUUUCGGUGAACCAGUACACGAAGACGAAGACACUCUCGGUGUAUUCUCUCUUGAGGAAUACACUGUUAUGACAGGUAGCAUGGGUAUGGCCAUGUGGGGGUUGUUUCUAUCUUGUGUCGGUGUGCUCGGUGGUGCUGUAUAUUUGACCUAUCCCGACAGGCCGAGUGCACCGAAAGAAUAUCCUGAGGGGUUGGAGGCUGAGCUGGGCGGUUCUGGUGCAUUAAGAGCCUUCAAAGCAGGUGACGAGGUUCAUGGAGUCAAACUAUAG